CACGAGCGCUCGCCGUCCCCUCGUCGCCGGAGACCGUACGAGCGCCGCCGCUCCACGCCAUGGGUAAGGUUCACGGAUCGUUGGCCCGCGCCGGGAAGGUUCGGGGCCAGACGCCCAAGGUGGCCAAGCAGGACAAGAAGAAGCAGCCGCGCGGCCGCGCCCACAAGCGCAUCCAGUACAACCGCCGCUUCGUCACCGCCGUCGUCGGCUUCGGCAAGAAGCGCGGCCCCAACUCCUCGGAGAAGUAGAUCUGAGGCCCUUUUUUUUGGUUCCCUAGUAGCUCUGUUCCGUUCCAGUAUGCAUGUUUUCCAGUGCUGAUGAUUAUUAAGACCUGAGUAAAGAUCUGUAUGACUGUUAUGUUGGAAAUGGAAUAUGCUUAUGUGUGCAUUGCUUACUA